AUGGUUUGGCCCUUUAAUAAGAAGCGCAACGAGCCUGAAGAGACCCAUGAGGAGCAGCCUCCACUUCAAAACUAUAGCAUGGGCAAAAAGUAUCUCUUGGAAGACACCCAGCCCCGUUUUUCUAAUGAAUCGCAAAGCCAGGCGGCCAGCAAGCAUGAACAAGCAACCUUGAGUAACGCUUGGAAAACAGUCACAUGGAAUGACUUCUCGUUUCAGCGUCUAGCAGCAAUCCCGUGUUUCAGAGACGCAGGAAUGACCGGAUUUACUAGCAUGUUCGCCGUGGGGACUGUCAUGCUCCUAUAUCACAAAAACCCUAGCCGGGCGGCCAAUUGGGCAGUGGGUGGCCUAAUGCUGGGCAGCAUUGUGGGCUGGGAGCAAUGUAGGCUCAGGCGUAGACGCAGUUUUGAAGUUGCACAGAUGGCAAAACAAACCGUGGCUGGUAAGGAGAAACCUAUGCUCCAUCCGGUAGUCCAUGAUGAUCGUGUCAAGCAGGAAUGGGAGGAACACAAUUCGAACGCUAGCCGUUCCCGGCCCUGGUACAAAUUCUGGUAA